GGCUGUCUCCUGCAUGCCCCCCAGUGGGGGUUGAGCAAAAUGGGACCCAGGCAUGUGUUCUGAACAGGAAUGGAACCAUGACCUCCUGGAUCAUUGGUCGAUGCUCAGCCACUGAGCAAGCAUAGGCUAUUCUUUACCACCUGGGGAUCACCACCAGACUGGUGUAGGACAAAUCAACAUUUUGAAAUUCAAUUAUUAGAAUUUAGUAGUAAACAUUAUUCAGAUAACUUCCACAAAAUACAUGAAAUAGGAAAAAUAGGACAAUUCUAUUGUUGCAAAACAGAAAUAGAGAUUGGAAGCCAAAUAUCUUAAAUAGCAGAAUGUGUAAUGUUUAAUAGUUGGAAAACUCAAUGUUGGGAAUUAUGUCAGUUCUCCCUAAUUAAUCUAUAGAUGUAAUAAAUCCUAAACAAAAUUUCAGCAGAUUUCUUUGUGGAAAUUGACUGAAUCUAAAGUCUAUAUAAAAAUACAAAGGGACAAUAAUAACCAAAGCAGUCUUGAAGAAAAAGAAUAGAACUGGAGGACUUAUCCAUCAGAUAAUAAACCUAUUAUGAAGCUACAUUAAUUAAGGCAAUAUUGUAUUACAGGAUAAACAAAGAAAAACAUUGAAAAAAUUCUUAAUCGACCUAUGGUUACUGAUUUAUUGAUUGACACUUAUUUUUUUAAGUGACACUUCAGAAACAAUGGAGAAUGGAUCCUCUUUUCAAAAAAUGGUAGAAAAUCACUUGGAUGUUUAUAUGAAACAAAAUUGUUGACCCUUAUCUCAUCCAUAUGAAAAAAAUUAACUUCAAAGGAUUGUAGCUCUAAAUGUGAAAACUAAGGUAAUUAAUUUUUCAAAAACACCAUACAACAAUAUUUUUAUGAUGUUGGGGUAUGCAAAGACUUAAAGAGAAAACAAAUAGUCCUAACCAUAGCCAUUGAGAAAUAUUGACAGUUUUUAGACUAUUAAAGUUUAGGAAGUUUGGUUCAUGAAAGAUGCCAUAAGAGAGUUAAAAUCCAAGCCACAGCGUGGGAGAAGAUAUUUGCAACACAUAUUUCUGAAAAAGUACUUUUACCCAGAAUAUAUUAAGAACUUCUAAAGACGAAUCAGAAAAAAAAGGCAAAUAUCCCAAAUAGAGAAAUAGACAAAAGCUUUUCAAGAACUUACAAGAACGUAUCCUAAUGGCCAAUAAGCAUGUGGAAAUGUGCUCAAUUUAAUUGAUCAUCAUGGAAAUACUAAAGUUACAAUAUGAUAUCAUCCCACACUGACCAGAAUGGUUAAUAUUAAAAGACAAUAUCAAAUGUUGAUAAGGAUAUGGAGCAACUGGAACUCUCACUCUUUGCUGGUUUGGGUAAAAUUGCAUUUGAAAACUGUUUUUGCAAUAUCUGCUAAAGCUAAAUAUAUGUGUACACCUUAAUGCACAGAAACCUAACUCGUAGGAAUAUAUUAAACAUAAAUGCACACACAGACACCAAAAGAUGUGUACGAGAAUGUUUAUAGCAGCAAUACUAAAAAUAUCCCCAAACUGGAAAACCCCAAUGUCCAUCAACUGAAGAAUGAAGAAACAAAUCAUGGUAUAGUCAUACAAUAGAAUGCUAUAAAGCAAUGAGAAUAAUUCAGACCAAUAUACAACAGAUACAUUUUACAAACAUAAUGUUGAGUGAAAGAAGGAAAACACAAAAGAUCAAAUACUCUGUAACCCCGUUUGUAUAAAUGUUCAAAAAAUACAAAAUAAUAGAAGUUAGGAGAGUGCUUACCUUUGGGGGAGGGGCAGUGGCCAAAGACAGAAGGAGGCUUGCAGGGUGUUGAUAACAUUUUAGUUUUAAUUUGGUUCUGCUUAUAGGAGUGCAUUCACUUCGUGAAAAUUCUUUGAAUUGUAAACUUAUGAUUUGUACCCUUUCCGGAUAUAUGCUAUAUUUAAAGAUAACAGUAAUUUUUGUAGGCUCUGGCCAGGAAGCUCAGUUGGUUACAGUGUCCUCCCCUUACGCCAAGGCUGUGGGUUCCACCUCCUGCCAGAGCACAUACAAGAAGCAACCAAUGAAUGCAUAAGUAAGUGGAACAACACAUCUGUUUUUCUCUCUGUGUGCCUCCUUCCCUCCCCUCUCUAGAAUCAAUAAAUUUAAAAAAUAAUUUUUGUAAAAUUGUAGACGUUUGUAAGCAUUCAUAUCACUUAUUUCUUAAAUAUACUAAAACAGAAAACUCUCAAAAAAAGUUUCUUCAUGUACUCAAAAGGUACUUUCUUGAAGAAAGCUCAUACAUCAUUUCAGUUUAUUCUGAAAAGUAUUCUUUCACUUAAAGUUAGUGCAGUAAAUGUUAAUUUAGAGCUUCCAAUAACUAAGAACUGGAGGUUUCUGGGACUUAAAAAGGUAUUGAUACACACCAGAGUUAUAAAUUGGAAUGAAUAGCAAAUACUAUUUGCAAUAGUAAGUAAGGACGCCUGGUGGCGCUGCAGGCUAGGCGUUCGAAUGAAGAGCUCUGUGGACCCGGGUCGCCAUUAAGCUGGGAAAUCAGAACGUUGACUGCUUCCUAAAAGAAGGCAGCAUUUCAGUUCAGAUCUAGGGGCAGAGAUCUUCAGAGAGGGCAUCGUCUAGUGCGACUCAGCCAGAAAGAUCUAAUUCGAGGUUAUUUACCGAAGCCCUCUGGAUUGAUUGCACCGGGUUGAAGAAACUGCACCUUCUUGAACUGGGUCUGAACAAUGGAGACCACGCUAGCAGAAACGCCGCGGAAAAGGCAAGUUGUCUUUCUUGUUAUAUUGCUGUUUUUGUGGGAGGCUGGCUCGGAAGCAAUUAGGUACUCCAUGCCAGAAGAGACGGAAAGUGGCUCCUUUGUGGGCAACCUGGCAAAAGACCUGGGGCUCAGGGUGGGGGAACUGGCCAUUCGGGGCGCGCGAAUCCAUUACAGAGGAAACAAACAGCCGUUUCAGCUUGAUAUAAAGACAGGGGAUUUGCUUCUAUAUGAAAAACUAGACCGGGAGGUGCUGUGCGGGGCUACAGAUCCCUGUAUACUGCAAUUCCAACUGUCACUGGAAAAGCCGGUGCAGUUUUUUCAAGCUGAUCUGCAGCUCACGGAUAUAAAUGACCAUUCCCCGGAGUUCCUAGACAGGGAAAUGCUCCUAAAAAUCCCAGAGAACGUCCAGCCAGGGACAGUGUUUCCUUUGAAAACAGCUCAGGACUUGGACAUAGGUAGCAACACUGUUAAGAACUACUCAAUCAGCCCCAACCCCCAUUUUCAUGUUGUCACUCAUAAUCGCGGAAAUGGCAGAAAAUACCCCGAGCUGGUGCUAGACAAAGCGCUGGACCGGGAGGAGCAGCCCGAGCUGAGUUUAACCCUCACAGCGCUGGAUGGUGGGGCUCCGCCCAGGUCAGGGACCACUGCCCUCCGCAUCCAAGUCCUGGACAUCAAUGACAACGCCCCCGAGUUUCUACAGUCUCUCUAUGAGGCACAGGUCCUGGAAAACAGCCCCCUAAACUCCUUAGUUGUUACUGUCGCCGCCCGUGAUUCAGAUGCUGGAACCUAUGGGAAUGUAACUUACACUCUAUUUCAAAGCGAUGAAGUUACUCAACCAUUUGUAAUAGAUGAAAUGACAGGAGACAUUCGUCUGAAAAGGGCAUUGGAUUUCGAGGCAACUCAAUAUUAUAACGUGGAAAUUGCAGCCACAGAUGGUGGAGGCCUUUCAGGGAAAUGCUCUGUAGCUAUCCAGGUGCUGGAUGUGAAUGACAACGCCCCGGAACUGACGCUGUCGAAAGUCGCCAGCUCGACCCCAGAAAACUCCCCAGAGACUGUAGUUGCUGUUUUCAGUGUUUCUGAUCCGGAUUCCGGGGACAAUGGCAGGACGGUUUGUUCCAUCCAGGACGAUAUUCCUUUUCUCUUGAAACCCACAUUCAAGAACUUCUACACCCUCGUGACAGAGAGGCCACUGGACAGGGAGAGCAGAGCCCAGUAUAACAUCACCAUCACCGUCACCGACAUGGGGACCCCCAGGCUGAAAACCCAGCACAACAUCACCCUGCUGGUGUCCGACGUCAACGACAACGCCCCCGCCUUCACCCAAACCGCCUACACCCUGUUCCUCCGCGAGAACAACAGCCCCGCCCUGCACAUCGGCAGCGUCAGCGCCACAGACAGGGACGCGGGCGCCAACGCCCAGCUCACCUACUCGCUGCUGCCGCCCCACGACCCGCGGCUGCCCCUGGCCUCGCUCGUGUCCAUCAACGCGGACAACGGCCACCUGUUCGCCCUGAGGGCGCUGGACUUCGAGGCGCUGCAGGCGUUCGAGUUCCGCGUGGGCGCCACGGACCGCGGGUCGCCCGCGCUGAGCAGCCAGGCGCUGGUGCGCGUGCAGGUGCUGGACGCCAACGACAACGCGCCCUUCGUGCUGUACCCGCUGCAGAACGGCUCUGCGCCCUGCACCGAGCUGGUGCCCAGGGCGGCCGAGCCGGGCUACCUGGUGAGCAAGGUGGUGGCGGUGGACGCAGACUCGGGCCAGAACGCCUGGCUGUCGUUCCAGCUGCUCAAGGCCACGGAGCCCGGGCUGUUCGGCGUGUGGGCGCACAAUGGCGAGGUGCGCACGGCGCGGCUGCUGAGCGAGCGCGACGCGGCCAAGCACAGGCUGCUGGUGCUGGUCAAGGACAAUGGCGAGCCCGCGCUGUCGGCCAGCGUCACGCUGCACGUGCUGCUGGUGGAUGGCUUCUCGCAGCCCUACCUGCCGCUGCCCGAAGCGGCGGCCGACCAGGCGCAGGCCGACCCGCUGACCGUGUACCUGGUCAUCGCGCUGGCGUCGGUGUCGUCGCUGUUCCUGUUCUCGGUGCUGGCGUUCAUCGCGGUGCGGCUGUGCAGGCGGAGCAGGGCCGCCUGGGUGGGUGGCUGUUCGGUGCCUGAUGGCCCCUUUCCGGGCCACCUGGUGGACGUCAGCGGCACAGGGACCCUGUCCCAGAGCUACCAGUAUGAGGUGUGUCUGACUGGAGGCUCCGGAUCGAAUGAGUUCAAAUUCUUGAAGCCAAUUAUCCCCAACCUUCCGCCCCAAGGCGCUAUCAAAGAAACAGAGGGAAACACGACCUUCCGAAACAACUUCGGAUUCAAUUAGGAAUCUCAUCAUGAUGCAGUGUCUUUUGUAACAUCUUUAAUUUCUCCAGAUACAGAGUUUGAGAGCGUCAUGCACAAAAAUCCCACCUUGGAGUAUAGCCCGGAUUUCCCUUUUUGUAACAUGUUUGUCCAUUGGACUUUAUUUUGUCCAAUUUGGGAAAACUCAAAUCUAGACCCUUGCAUUUACAUAAUGCCAUUUCAAAUCCCCACCCCACAUGCUGGGAUGUUCCUGUAGUGUUUGUUCCACUUCCUGGCAUUUGUUGCGAUUAACUGUCUUAUUAAAAUGAAAUAUUAAUUGUAUUCAGUCCACUGUUUCACCAAACUCUAAGUAUAUUUGAUGCUUAAUAGCAAAAAUUUUAAAAGUGUUUUACGUGUUUUUUGAAUUUUAUUUUGUAAGGAAACUAUGUAUUUGAUAAAUAUGUGAGAAAACAUGAUGAAAGCAACAAUUUUCUAUAUACUCUUCCUUUCUGGCUCUUACCUCACUGACAAACAUUUUUUAAACAAAAAUUUUUAUGGAAUUGUAAUGUACACACAGAAAAAAUGAGCAAAUCCUUAAUUUCAGCUCAAUGUAUUUUCAGGUAGUGGACAUACUUAGUAUCAGCAUCUUGAUGAAGAAAUGAAACGUUAUUAGCAUCCCAGAUGCCACACAAAUGAUCCCUUAAGAUUACUACCAGUUCAAGUAUAACAUAUAUCCUGACUUCCAAUGAGCAUGUAGUUUAGUUUUGCCUGUUUAAAAUUUUUUAAUGAAAUAGUAGAGUAUAUUCUCUUUUGUGUUUUGCUUCUUUCACUCAGUAUUAUGUUUAUGACAUUUAUUCAUGAUAUUGCUUUUAAUUUUAGUUUUUUAUUCUCAUUUCUGUAUAGUAUUCCAGUGUAUGAAUAUUUUAUGACUUAUUACCCAUUCUACUGUAUGUAGAUAUUUGGGAUUGGUUCAAGGUUUGGCUGUUUGAAUAAUACUGCUCUGAACAUUCUUUUACAUAUCCUUUGGCAAAUAUAUAUGUGCAUCCUGUUGGUUAUAUACAUAGGGGUAAAAUUGCCCUCAUUUAGUAAGUAGAUGUUCACUUUUAGUAGAUAUUUCCAAAUAGUUUUCCAAUGUGCUGUUCAGUUUACACUGUUAACAGCAGUGUUUGGAUGUACCAGGUCCUCUACAUUUUUAUCAACACCUAAUAUUGUCUGUUUUUCUUUUUAUCCCAUUUUAAACCUUUUAUUUGCUAGCUCUUUUUAUAUUGACUUUCUUAUCACAAAAGAAUAUGGCUGUAAUCUUUUCAUAAAUAUUAAACAAUUAAUUUCUGCCGGGGUUCAUGUCCCAGCAUCAAGAAGGGUUCAGGAAUCUGGAAAAGGCUGUGCGCAGAUGACAUAGAAAUCCAGAGACUAAUAAAGAGUCCGGAGACGAGUUAUAAUUUUGAAAGGCAUUGGAGGUCAGAGGACCUUCAGCUAAAGGAACUGAAGAGUGCCUCCUUGUCUAGGACCCUUGCUUUUAUUAACACAAUUUGUCCUAAGGCAAGGUGGAGAUAAUACACUUCAGUGGGUAAGGUUUCAAAGGGUACAGAGUCCAUUGUCAGGAUGGGGGAAUAGCCUACGGCUGUUCAGGUGUUUGGCCAGUAGGAGGCAAUAACAUGUAGAUUAAGAUGCCCUUUAACUGUCUGGCAGCCACAAUCAGUUUCCUAUUCAGGUUUGGGGACAUGCCUUUAGCCAUUUCCAACAGGUGACUACAUGUGUGACUCAACCCUGUUGAGUCCCCAAGUCUCAUCAACCUUUUGAUGAAACUCUUGAAAUUAUGACAGGCUGGAAUUGGUCUACGGCAAAUUUCCUGCUAUUAUUGUUUAGUACCUAGAACACUUAAACUUCUCUCAUCCAUCCUUCACAUAGCUAUAUCACUAUUUUCCCUUACUUCUCUGCACAAACUGAAACCUCCAUUUCUUAUUCCAUUAGCAAUAGUUUCUUCUAAUUUGCUGUAUGAGAGAAAAUAAUAGAAUUAUUAUUGUUUCUGUUAACUGUUUCUCACUUACACUUUCAAACCUCUUUCAGAUGGAUCUUUACUUCUAUAUAGUCAAGGUUGCUGUUCUAUGUCUUUUCUGCUUUCAUAGGAUAGGGCAGUUUGCACCCAAGUUUUUGUCUGAGUGGAAGUUGUGACAAGGUGUUCUGUGUGAAUCAGUUCAGGGCCAGGUUUAUAAAAGAACAGAUUUUACUUUAGGGUGCAUUGUAAUAAAUAGGCAGGGAGCUCUUCAGCACUUGGCCCUUCAAAUGACAAAGAUUUUAUGCUGGGAUUCCAAGAUCUCACUAAAUAUCUUAGUGCUCUCCAGAAAACUCCUUUUAUUUCUUUAGAAAUGAGCCUUACAGUUUUUAAAAGUAGGUCAUGAGGGGAAAUAAUAAUUAUUAAAAAUUAUGUUAUAUAUAAUGUAUUAUUAUUGUUAUACACUGUCUAUAAUUCAGCUGUGGGCAAACUACUGCCCACGGGCCGGAUCCGGCCUUUUUGAAAUGAAUAAAACUAAAAA